AUGAACGAGCAAGAAGAAGACCUUGAACUUGCUCCUAUUGACCCCGAAAUUGAACGCACUUUCAGACAAAGAAGGAAGGAACAAAAGGCUAAAAAAUGCUGCAAUAUGGCCGAUGGGUUUGAAGUUGGGGGUGCUAAUAAUGAAGCUAACCCUAUUGCUUUGGCCGAUGAUAGAGCCCGAGCAAUAAGAGAGUAUGCAGCCCCUAUGUUCAAUGAGCUAAAUCCGGGUAUUGUGAGACCCGAAAUCCAAGCACCUCACUUUGAGCUCAAGCCUGUCAUGUUUCAAAUGCUCCAAACGCUACAAGGAGUAAGUGAAGAGGCUUUAAGAUUGAAGUUGUUCCCAUUUUCCUUGAGGGAUCGAGCUAGAGCAUGGCUUAAUACUCUUCCUCCCGAUUCGGUGACUAAUUGGAAUGACUUGGCUGAAAAAUUCUUGAGAAAGUACUUUCCUCCAACAAGAAAUGCAAAGUUUCGAAGCGAGAUCAUGUCAUUUCAACAAUUGGAAGACGAGACUACUAGUGAUGCAUGGGAAAGAUUCAAAGAGUUGUUGAGGAAGUGCCCACACCAUGGUAUUCCUCAUUGUAUCCAACUUGAGAUAUUUUACAAUGGUCUCAAUGCGGCAUCUAGGAUGGUGUUGGACGCUUCGGCUAAUGGAGCUAUCCUUUCCAAGUCUUACAAUGAAGCUUUUGAGAUUUUGGAAAGGAUAGCUAGCAACAACUAUCAAUGGUCAACUAAUAGAGCUCCCACAAGUCGAAAGGUAGCGGGUGUUCUUGAGGUAGAUGCUUUGACCGCUCUAACCGCUCAAAUGGCCUCAAUGACCAACAUUUUGAAGAAUAUGAAUAUGGGAGGAAGUGUACAACCAGCCGCUGCCAUUCAAAGGGCAGAAAUUUCUUGUGUGUAUUGUGGUGAUGGGCAUACUUUUGAAAAUUGCCCUUCAAAUCUAGCUUCGGUUUGCUAUGUGGGUAAUCAAAACUUCAACCGCAACAACAAUCCAUACUCAAACUCCUACAAUCCGGCAUGGAAGCAUCAUCCGAACUUUUCAUGGGGAGGUCAAGGGGCAAGUUCAAGUGGAGCACAACAAGCACAAAGAAAGCAAUCAUUUCCACCAGGUUUUUCUCAACAACCAAGACCUCAACAAUCACACCAACCUCAAGGCUCUCAAACUAGUUCUUUGGAGAGUUUAAUGAGAGAUUAUAUGGCCAAGAAUGACGCUGUAAUUCAAAGCCAGACAGCAUCUCUUCGGAAUCUUGAAGUUCAAUUGGGGCAAUUGGCCAAUGAUUUGAAGAAUAGACCACAAGGCACUUUGCCUAGUGACACCGAAAACCCAAGAAGAGAUGGCAAAGAACAUUGCAAAGCGGUAACCUUGAGAAGUGGAAAAAUUGAGUCAAAUGUGGCUGCAACAGGCAGUAAAGAGCCCUCUUCAAUCCAAAAAGAGGGGGAAAUGAAGAAAAAACUAGCAAUUUCAGCUGCUGAAAUUCCCCGAGCAGUUACAGCAUCCAGUCAGCAUUCUGCUGCAGAAAAGUCUUUGCAAAAGCCACCGCCACCAUUUCCUCAACGGUUCAAGAAGCAACAAGAUGAUGGUCAAUUCUGGAGAUUCCUUGAUGUUCUAAAGCAGCUCCACAUCAAUAUACCAUUAGUGGAACCUUUGGAGCAAAUGCCAACUUAUGUGAAGUUUUUGAAGGAUAUUUUGACAAAGAAAAGGAGGCUUGGCGAGUUUGAAACGGUUGCUUUGACGGAGGGCUGUAGUGCUAUGUUGAAAAGUAAAAUCCCGCCCAAAUUGAAAGAUCCGGGCAGCUUUACAAUUCCAAUUUCUAUUGGGGGUCGAGAGGUUGGAAGAGCUCUUUGUGACUUGGGAGCUAGCAUUAAUCUCAUGCCUGUGUCCAUUUUUAGGAAGUUGGGAAUUGGAGAAGCAAGGCCAACCACCGUCACUUUGCAAUUAGCGGAUCGUUCCAUGGCGCAUCCGGAAGGGAAGAUUGAAGAUGUGUUGGUGCAAGUGGAUAAGUUUAUUUUUUUGGCGGAUUCAUUAUCCUUGACUAUGAGGCCGAUAGAGAAGUCCCUAUUAUUUUGGGAAGGCCAUUCCUCGCAACCGGAAGAACUUUGA